AUGCCUGGCAGGCGGCUGCUGGCUAGACGCCUCCUUCAAUGCCUGCACCAAUUUGCUGAGAACGGGGUGGCCUCACCGCCUACGCCUGGCGCUGCCAUCACUCGUUCCAUGGCGGCUGCUGAUGGGUCCUGUGGAUCGCCUGCGAGGGUGCCGGUCAUGCUGCAACACGACAGCUAUUCAGAAGCAGUAAAGGCCCAGCUGUCGGCGUCAACAGCACCUGCGACGCCGCCUACUCCACCUCCGCAGCCACUUCCUUCUACAACGGCCCUGCCAGCGUCUCCACCGGCACCUGCGACGCCGCCUACUCCACCUCCGCAGCCACUUCCUUCUACAACGGCCCUGCCAGCGUCUCCACCGGUACCUGCGACGCCGCCUACUUCACCUCCGCAGCCACUUCCUUCCACAACGGCCCUGCCAGCGUCUCCACCGGCACCAGUAGUACAUAUUUCUCAAUCUUUUUUAGUAGGGACUCCACUCCAAGUACCCAUACAAAUUUGA